GAUGCCAAUACGAGUCGCCCAUUGUGAAUAAGCCAUAGUGGUGCUAGCAUCAGGUGAAUCUUGUUGUUCAUUUUGACGUUUAAUAAAAUCUCAACAAGACUGUAUUUUCUUACAAGUAUAAAAAGUAUCUUCAUUAAGUGGAACAAAGUUUGGUAUUAAAAAUUCGUCUACUACUGGGACUAUAUUUAAUGCAGUAUUUUCCAUUGCGUGCAUACCUAACCUUACUAGGAAGGAUGAGUAAUUGACAGAAUAUUUAAAUCAUAAGACAUUGAAUUCUGUAUAAAAAUAUAACCGUACAGUGUAUAAAACGUUGUAUACCCAGUAUAAAGAUUCAUAAAGAACGAGGUUAGAAUCCAAGUAGGUAAAUAAUGAACAUCCCGCCGAUUCAGCAACCGGGUACAAUGGGAAUGGGACAGAUGGCGCAGCCAGCGAAUCCCCAGAUGCCUCAAGCCCAACAGCAGGCUCAGCAGCAGGCCCAACAGCAAGCUCAGCAGCAGCAGGCUCAACAGCAGCAACAGCAACAGCAGCAGCAGCAAGCACAGCAGCAGCAGCAGCAACAAGCCCAAGAAAAACUGGACAAUAUAUCUAAAGUAAAGUCCUUAGUGGGUCCACUGCGUGAGUCCCUGGCAAUAGCAUUGAAGACAGCAGCACAAACUUUACAUCAGAAUAGUGCAGUGGACAUUGGUACACUGAAAGGCGUUGAUCCGCCUGAUCAUCGCUUCAAUAAGAACAUGGAGGAAUUUUAUUCGAUAUGCGAUCAGAUUGAACUUCAUCUCAAAACGUCUAUAGAGUGUCUCUCUCAGAAUUCCAGUUCCUUAAGAUAUCUGCCAAUGUCUGUCAUACCAACGAGGACUGACACGGUCGCCAGUCAGGAAGGUCCUGCUUUGACCUACCCGCAAUUUCUGAUGACUGUGCGCGCGCAAGUAGCUUAUGCCCGCGAGAUUCACGACACUCUUGUAUCCGCGGCACAUACGAUUGCACCGGGUGAAUAAUUGGUGUGAACAAAUUAAUUAUAAACCACAAAGAACAAACGAUUAUUGUAUUCGCUACGAUUAACUUAUCCGGUCCGUGUGGUUAACCAUAAAUUAUUGCUGGUUACCAAUGUAUGCUUAUAGACUAUAUCUGAUAAUUGUUAUGUCCAGAGAAAGUUAGGUUAUUCGUAUUUCUUUUUGUAUAUAAAAUCAUGCUAGAAGUUUAACCAUGUUCCUAUCAAUUUAAAAAUUUAAAAAUUACAAAAUUAGUCCCAAGUCUUUACAGCAUGGAUGUAUACUGUUCUCUUGUAUCUGUCAAAAGAUCCAUAUCUUGAAGUAAUAUUUUUAGAAUUAAUUAUAUAAAAUAAGUUAUUAACACGUCCUUUGGUAUAAUAACUUCGUAAAGCUUCCUGGAAUAAACGUCAGUCUGAUUUCCGCUGCGUAUAUGAUCGACGGAAUGAAUCACUUUGGAGUUUCUUGCUAGCGAGGUGUGCGAACUUAGAAUGCAAGAUAAGAAUACUCGACUAAGCAUAUGUUUAAUAUGUGUGACAACAUAAUAAAUACUUGUACCAGGAAUA